CUCUCAGAGCCUGCAGUUCCAGAAAUGCCUGAGGCUGCUCUGCCCUGAGCCCUGGGUGCCUUGAGACCAAACUGGAGCCAGCAGGAAGAGAAGCAGAGCAGGCGCUGGCCCCUGACUCAGCAGCAUGGAGCUGGUCCAGGACACCUCCCGCCCUCCACUGGUCAAKGUGAAGGGGGUCCCKCUCAUCAAGUACUUUGCAGAGGUGAUGGGGCCACUUCAGAGCUUCCAGGCCUGGCCUGAUGACCUGCUCAUCAGCACCUACCCCAAGUCUGGCACCACUUGGUUGAGCGAGAUACUGGAGAUGAUCUAUCAGGGUGGUGACCUAGAGAAGUGUCACCGGGCACCCAUUUACAUUCGCGUACCCUUCCUUGAGUUUAAAUGUCCAGGGGUUCCAUCAGGUCUGGAAACUUUGAAAGAUACACCUGCCCCUCGGCUCCUCAAGACACACUUGCCCCUGGGCCUGCUUCCCCAGAGUCUGCUGGAUCAGAAGGUCAAGGUGAUCUAUGUUGCCCGCAAUGCAAAGGACGUGGCUGUCUCCUAUUACAACUUCUACAAAAUGGCCAAGUUGUACCCUGACCCUGGUACCUGGGACAACUUCCUGGAGAAGUUCAUGGAUGGACAAGUGUCCUAUGGGUCGUGGUACCAGCAUGUGCAGGAGUGGUGGGAGCUAAACCGCACCCACCCUGUGCUCUACCUCUUCUAUGAAGACCUGAAGGAGAACCCCAAAAGGGAGAUUAAAAAGAUCCUGGAGUUUCUGGGGCGCUCCCUGUCAGAGGAGACUGUGGAUCACAUYGUCCAGCACACAUCCUUCAAGGAGAUGAAGAAGAAUCCCAUGGCUAACUACACCACCAUACCAACCGAGAUGAUGGACCACAGUAUUUCUUCCUUCAUGAGGAAAGGCAUCACAGGAGACUGGAAAUCCAUCUUCACUGUGGCUCAGAAUGAGCACUUUGACGCCCACUAUGCUGAGAAGAUGGCAGGCUGCAAGCUCAASUUCCGCUGGCAGCUCUGAGUGGUGUCGUGGGGAGCCACUGCAGGGGGAGCAUGGGCACAAGCCUGACCUAUGACCUCAGGAAUAAAACAUGAUGUGUCCAACAAGAGGCUCUGCUGGAAGCCAGGAGAACACCUGAGACAAAGUAAAUCCCACUGGGACCAAGUAGGGCCCUCUGCCCCACAGUCUAUAGCUCCUACCUGCUCUGUCGGGGAAGGGAAAGAGGAUCUGCAGGAGAAAGACCCAAGAGACAUGAGAGAAGAGGAAGAACAUUUGACCCUGUAAGAUCCUCUGUUGUUUCUCCCUCUAGUCUGCUGGCCAGCUUCACUUUUUCUUGGACCCCUUACAAGCCACCUCUCUCUCACUAGGCACUUUAUCACUGAGCUGCAUCUUAAACCCUUUUUCAUUUUUUAUUUUGAAACAGGGUCUCACUACAUUAC